AUAAAUAAGAUAGUUAUAUGGAUGAGAAAGGAAUGGAGGGUUAUGGUCUGAGUGCAGGUAGAUGGGACUAGGGGAGAAUAAGUGUUCGGCACGAACUAGAAGGGCCAAGAUGGCCUGUUUCCGUGCUGUAAUUGUUAUAUGGUUAUAUGGUAAUAGGCUAUUGUGCAGAUGUGUAUUUGGGUUUUUAAAAGGCUUUUGAUUAAGUGCCACAUAAAAAUAUGGAGCACAAGAUAAAAACUCCUGGAAUGGCAUUAGGGGAUGUUUGUUAGCAUGGAUUGAACAUCUGUUAUCGAUUAGAAAACAGAAUUAGAAUAAAUAGGUAUUUUUGAGGCUGGAAUGAUAUAACUAGUGGAGUGCCCAAAAAAUUAGUUCUUGAGUUAAAAAUAUUUAUGAUUUACAGUAAUGACCUGGAGGAGGAGGCAGAGUGUAUCAUAUCCAACUUUGCCCAUUGCAAGAAAAUAGGUAGGUUGCAAGUUGAAAUGAGGACAUUAGGACUUUGCAACACAAUAUAGAUAGGUUGGCAAAUGGUAUGCACUUUGAUAAGAGGAAUCGAAAGUCAGAUUAAAUGGAAAAAGACUGUAACUGAUCAAAGUACAGAGGAAUCGAGGUGUGCAUGUGCAUGAAUUACGAUAUGUUUGCAGGAAGAUGUAACAAGUUAUUAAGAAGGCCUUUCCUUUUGCUAUUUUCAUAUGUUCUUAUGUUAAAUUAAUGUUAACCAUUUCUUGCUCUGAUUAGUGAGAGAAAAACAAGUCUACUUUUUGAAGUUUUAAAUAAUUCAUUGUAGAUAAACACUUUAUUUGCCAAAGUGAAUUGAUUUCUAUCCCAUAUGAAGGACAGCUGAACUACCUUAUGGCUUUUCUUUGAGUUACUGCCUAUCAGGUGGUGUGUACACAUGAUGUAAUUUAUAGGCAGGUCCAACGAUUGAUUACCUUUGUUUGCUUAGUGCUACACUGUACCAUGUAGAUCCAUCCACUACGUCACUAAAAUUGCUCUGUGUACCUUUUAGUCAGGAGCACAAACCAAUUCCUUACAACAGUCGAGCAAAUUUUGAGAGGAAUUUCUACAGUUUUUACUGACUGAAGGUGUAAUAUAAAGCAUGCCAAAGAAGGCCUUCAUAUGACGUGGACUAGGAAUUUCAUGGAUGCAUAGACCAUUUAAAUAGAAACAUUUGGAAUGCCACCAUUUGGUUUAGAUUGUACCAAGGGCAAUGUUCAAGAGGAAGAGAGAUACUUAAGGGCAAAUAAUAGACCUUACAACCUGAAAUUUCAGUAUGUGAACAAUAGAAUUAAAACUUCCAAAUAUAAUAUUUUUACAUUCCUGCCAGUCAACUUGUUUGAACAAUUUCAACGAAUUGCCAAUGCUUAUUUUUUAUUUUUACUAAUUCUGCAGCUUAUUCCACAAGUAUCAUCUCUAUCGUGGUAUACCACUGUUGUGCCUUUAGUGCUGGUAUUGACCAUAACAGCAGUGAAAGAUGCUAUCGAUGAUUUUCAUCGCUAUAAAAGUGACAACCAAGUCAACAAUCGGGAAGUCACAAUUCUUCUUGAUGGAAAGUUGCAAAGAGAUAAAUGGAUGGAUGUUCAAGUGGGAGAUAUAAUAAUGAUGGAGAAUAACCAAUUUGUUACUGCAGAUUUGCUCCUGUUAUCAAGUAGUGAACCAUAUGGCUUGAUUUACAUUGAGACAGCCGAGCUUGAUGGUGAAACAAAUCUGAAAGUUAAGCAAGCAUUAACCGUCACUUCAGACAUGGGAGAGAACACCAACGCUUUGGCAACUUUUGAUGGUGAGGUUAAAUGUGAACCGCCCAACAACAGGUUGGACAAGUUUAGAGGAAUGCUUACCUACAAGGAAAAUACGUAUUCUUUGGACAAUGAAAAAAUAAUACUACGUGGCUGUACAUUGAGGAAUACAGAUUGGUGUUAUGGACUUGUUAUUUUUGCAGGACAAGACACCAAAUUGAUGCAGAACAGUGGAUUGUCAGCUUUUAAAAGAACUAAUAUUGAUCGCCUUAUGAAUACUCUUGUGUUAUGGAUUUUUGGCUUUCUUGGUAUCAUGUGUACAGUGCUGGCUAUUGGAAAUGCUAUCUGGGAAACUUAUAAAGGAUAUUAUUUUCAGGUCUACUUGCCUUGGGAGCAGGACAUUCAAAAUUCUUACUUGUCAGGAUUUCUUGUGUUCUGGUCAUAUGUGAUCAUUCUGAACACUGUUGUCCCAAUUUCCUUAUAUGUGAGUAUUGAAGUUAUACGCUUGGGCAGCAGCUUCUACAUCAAUUGGGAUAGUAAAAUGUAUUAUCCAAAUAAGGAUAUCCCUGCAUUAGCACAUACAACUACAUUAACUGAGGAGCUUGGACAAAUCAAGUAUAUAUUCUCUGAUAAGACAGGAACUCUGACACAAAACAUUAUGCUAUUUAGCAAAUGCACAAUCAAUGGCAAAAUAUAUGGUAACGUGUAUGAUUUAAAUGGACAUAGGACAGAUGUCACUGCUCAAACAGAGAAAGUGGACUUUUCAUUUAAUUCCAUGGCAGAUCUGAAAUUUGUGUUCUAUGACCACAGUCUUGUUGAAGCUGUUAAAAUUGGUGAUCCUAAAGUCCAUGAAUUCCUUCGUUUGCUGUCGUUAUGCCACACAGUGAUGCCCGAGGAAAAGAUGAAGGGUGACCUUGUGUAUCAGGCUCAAUCUCCAGAUGAAGGUGCACUUGUCACCGCAGCAAGAAAUUUUGGCUUUAUUUUCCAAUCCCGUACUCCCGAAACAAUAACAGUGGUUGAAAUGGGUGAAUCUAAGGUCUAUGAAUUGCUUUCUAUUCUGGAUUUUGAUAAUGUGAGGAAAAGGAUGUCUGUAAUAGUUCGAGGUCCUGACAAGAAUCUGUAUUUGUACUGUAAGGGAGCUGACACUAUUGUUUUUGAGAGACUAAAUGCUUCAUCUCAACAUUUAAAAGAUAUUACCACUGAACAUCUUGAUGACUUUGCAGGUGACGGUUUACGCACUCUAGCCUUGGCAUAUAAACAGUUAGACGAAAAAUACUUCAAAGACUGGCAAAAGCGGUAUCAUGAAGCAAGUAUUGCAUUAGACAACCGGGAUGAACUACUGUUUAAGAUGUAUGAAGAAAUUGAAAAGGAUUUAACUUUGUUAGGAGCUACUGCUGUUGAAGACAAACUGCAGGAUGGUGUUCCACAGACAAUUGAAACGCUUGUGAAAGCAAACAUCAAGAUAUGGGUUCUUACGGGUGACAAACAAGAAACAGCUGUAAAUAUUGGCUAUGCAUGCAAUAUGCUCCAGGAUGAAAUGAAAAAAGUGUUCAUCAUUGAAGGCAACGAUUCAACUGCUGUUAGAGAAGAACUAAGAAACGCGUGUGUGAUAAUGAAAGGACAAGAACAAACAGAACUUGAUUUAAUCAAAAUCGAACAGCCAAAAAAACUUGAUUUCCUACCAGAUGAAAUUGCUGAUGCAGAUUAUGGACUGGUGAUCAGUGGUGACACACUGGCACAUGCUUUAGAAGGAGACAUGGAUUUAGAGUUCCUAAAAACAGCUUGCCUCUGUAAAACUGUAAUCUGCUGUCGUGUAACACCUCUUCAGAAAGCUCAGGUUGUAGAACUGGUAAAAAAGUACAAGAAAGCAAUAACAUUGGCAAUUGGAGAUGGUGCAAAUGAUGUUAGCAUGAUCAAAGCUGCUCACAUUGGAGUGGGUAUAAGUGGUGAGGAAGGAACACAGGCUGUCCUUUCAAGUGAUUUCUCCUUUGCCCAGUUUCGUUAUCUCCAACGUCUUUUACUUGUACACGGAAGAUGGUCCUAUCUUCGGAUGUGCAGAUUUCUCCGUUACUUUUUUUAUAAAAAUUUUGCUUUCACUCUUGUUCACUUUUGGUAUGGAUUCUUUUGUGGAUUUUCAGCACAGACAGUGUACGAUGAAUGGUUUAUUACACUCUACAAUUUAGUGUAUACAUCUCUUCCUGUGUUAGGAUUGAGCCUGUUUUAUCAGGAUUUUAAUGAUCGCUGGAGUAUGGCAUAUCCUCAACUUUAUGAACCUGGACAGCUUAAUCAUAAUUUCAGCAAAUUAGAAUUUGUGAAAUGUGUUAUCCAUGGAGUUUACAGUUCCUUAGUACUCUUCUUUAUUCCUUACGGUGCCCUUACUGAAGCAGUAAGAGAUGAUGGGAGGACCAUUUCAGACUAUCAGUCAUUUGCUUUAAUUGCUCAGACAUGCUUGCUUGUGACUGUCACUCUGCAGGUUGCACUUGAUACAGCUUACUGGACAGCUAUCAAUCACUUUUUCAUUUGGGGCAGUCUAGCAGUUUACUUUGCAAUAACAUUUACAAUGUACAGCAAUGGCAUGUAUCUGAUAUUCCCAACUUCAUUUCCAUUUAUAGGAACUGCAAGGAAUGCCUUGAACCAACCGCUUGUAUGGUUGACUAUUUUCCUCGCUGCCAUAAUGUGUAUCCUGCCAGUUGUUAUUCUGCGAUACCUCUUUGCUGAACUGAAACCUACUUUCAGCAAUAAACUGCGAUAUAAAAUGAGGCAAAUUAAGCUGCUUCCUCCCAAAGAAACUACUUCAUACGUGAGAAGGCCCAGUACACGUCGCUCAGCAUAUGCUUUUUCUCACCAACGGGGUUUUGGUGCCCUCAUUACUUCAGGGAAGAAUAUGCGAAUAAAAUCUAUGAAUUUUAUCCCUUCAUCAUCAUAUGCUAAUAAAGAAAAAUAUCCAAAACAACAAAUGAAACAAAACAUGAAAACCACACUGGAAUGACACUGAUUUCAUGUGUCAAGAUGACCAUUGGCAAAGAAAAUACUUAGCAUUCGUGUAUAAUAAUGUGCUGACUAUAAAUGACUUUUUAUGUGAAUUGUAAAGAAUUUUAUGCUACGUCUACAUCACAACAGAUAAAACAAAAAUCAGAAUCUAGCGGGUGUAUUAAUACAUAAUUCAGCCAUUAACCUGGUUUCUUUUAAUUUUGAGCAUACCCUAAUUUAAAGUCUUUUAAAUAUUGAAACUGAGAUUUACAUCAAUGAUUACAGUGUUACCCAUAAUAGCAUAGGUUCUCAUAGGUGAAAAUUACACAUUGUUUCCGAGAUCAACAGUAACUACUAUCUGUCUCCUGGAACCACCUAAACCUGUUUCAUCAGGAGGUCGAUUUGGGAAAAUUCUGUUUAUUAUAGUAUCAUUGAGAGGUUCAGAAGAUGGCUGUCGAUUCCAAACUAAAUCUAUAUUGUUAAUUUUAUUUGUUGGAAACUGGAAUGUCCUAGAAAUUGAAAAUAUUGCAUUCUUUCACGAGUUAAUGUCUGAAACGUCACUUAUCCAUCUUCUUUAGAGAUGCUGCUUGACCCGCUAAGUACUUCAGCACUUUGUGUCUUUUUUUCAAUCUGAUAGACAAUUGGGAAACAGCAUUUGGUGUAGUUAAUUGGUCUGGAGUUAGAGGAACUAGAAUCAGUGAUCAGUCAGAUGAGACCCAUUCAAAAGGCAAUAAAGACCUUACAACCAUGCCAGAUUGGGCUUGCCAUCUGCCCAAUAGCCCUACUGUGCACCCAACGUUUAUGUGAGUUACGUCAUAGUGCGCACCAGGAGCCUCUGUUGAUGUUUGCAUCGUACAUACAGAACAACAUUUUGGAUGGAUAAGUUUGGCUUUUCCAUCAUUUAAUUGGAGUACAUGAUAGAAUUUAUGAUGUUAUCUGGUUAGUUGUAAGAAUAGAGAAAUUUAAAUUAAUAAAAUACAAUCAGAUAGAUUCAGUGGUUUAUAUUGCACAAGAAUCCCACAAAAAGCUAUGGAAUAAAAUAAAAUUUGGAGGAACUCCUCUCUGAUGUGGUAAAAUGGACAUUCAACAUAUAAUAUGCAUGCAUCAAUGAUUUGUUAAUUUAAUGGUGAAAGGUUGAAGACAUCCAAAAGAUACAGCGCCCCAAAUUACAAACUGAAAGGCACAAUGUGGUUAUUGAAAUGGAAAAUCCAAUGUGUAUUUUAUGACAAGAACGAUAACGUAAUAAUGUGACGUAAAAUAUUUUGCUUUGAAUUCAUGACAUCCCUAAGAUCCAGAUGUGGUUUAUUUUUAACAUAUGUAAGUCCUGGCAGAUUUACUGCACUAUCCACAGUCAAUUCAGCAGUGGUAUCCAUUAUUAUUCAUCCAUUUCUUCAUAUUGACCUUGAGAAAAAAAAAAGAUAUAAUGAGUUUAUCCAAUCCCAAGAAACAUAGCAAAUGAAAGAACUCUAUUAUAACUAGAAGGUGCAUUUGACAGAGUAUGUUGAUGGGUACACUGAAAUCCUUGUCAUGCACACACUGUGUUCUAAUGCAUGUCUUCCAAACCAAGUCUAUCUUCCUUCAAUAUAGUUCUCUAUGCAUUUAUAAAUCUUGCUGAGUAACUAGUCAACACAUAAAUUGUGUGGGAUGAUAGUUAGCAUAGUUUUAUCAUUAUGGUCACUAUUAUGUGCAAGCCUGGGUUGUCUGGUUUCCAUUCUUAGUCUUCAUUCCCUAUUGCCUUUAGGAAUUUUGACGUUACUGCCAUUUUUCUCAGGUAUAUUAACUAACCAAUGUUGUGGAAAACAUUUAUCAGGUUUAACAAGUGGAGAGAAUAGUCUGUUUGUCAUUUCAGGUGUUGACGUUUCAUUGUGAUAGUUUUCAGAAGUCACACAGAGUUGUGAGUUUGCCUAUUGUAACUGCUGAAAAUAUCAGUUCCACUUUCUUUUUCUCCCUUAUAUUGGGAAAUUAUCAAUUUAUCAGUUGACCAGAUAAAAAUAAGGAAAAUUAGGAGCUCAGCACUUAGAUAAAUGAGUGCAGAGUAAGUCGUAUUGGGUACUUCAUGCUACAUCAUGGAAAAAAAGUAAAUUGCUUUAAGAGCUCUUAAUAGUGAAAUAAUAAAUACAGGUAGUUCUGCUAUAACACAAAUUUCCAUAACACGAAUUGGAUAUAACACUAAUGAUGAAUUAAGGAGUAGUAUUUGCAUUAUAUGGGCCAUAACGAGAUUAGUCAUAACGAGAUUUUGAUUGCAAACUAGAGAACCAAGUAAAAGUUAUUUUGGAAAUGAACAACAGAAAAAUAGCUCUCUUGUAACAAAAAACAACCCAGGAGAAAAAGAAACCGUUUCCAUGUGACCUCCCUGCUGUAAUCAGAGUUGGUUGUCUCCUAAGAACACAGUUAGUAUUUUAAUAGUGGGUUGGCUUUGAAAUUGACAAUCAAUUGCUUCUGCAGACACUUGUGCAAUGGUACUAUAUUAAACUACGUAAUAUAGAGCAUUCAGUAUUUUUAGUUUGCAGUAAUUGCAAUUGAAAAAGCCUUUAUUUUUGAAAACCCUGCAGGAAAAUAUACUUUCUUAUUGUGUCUGAAACUCUCAUUGCUACAAUUGUUUUUAUAACUCUAUUUUCUAUAAUGUGAAAUGUCUCAGGAAUGCAACUAUCGUAUUAUAGCAGAACUACCUGCAACAUAGAUAGAAAAUGUAAACAUAACAAAUGGAGUAAUUUCUGAUUGUAGAGCAAAUAUUUGUUUUGUGCCUUACUUUCUCUGCAUAUCACCAGGAAGUUAUUUUAUUUUUUUGUUUGUAUUAAUAAAUGUACAUGUUGGAAUGAAAACAACAUCCUGUUUAUAUUCCAUGCUUGUAUUUUUUAAUUAGCUAACUAAUAUUAGCAUAAUGCCUAUCAAAUUAUUGAAUAAAAUGAGGAAAAUUAUUAAAUUUUGUAAAAGGAAAAUGCUUAACUGUAUUUUUAAUUUUACCUAUAUUUUAGAGCCCCCUCUUAUAUUAGUCAUGUCAAGAUGUUUAUGUUUUAAAAGAAAUUGAGGUUUAUCUUUGAAUAUACAAAGGACAUAUCCAGACUCUAUGGAUCUAUUAGGUUCACUAGCUCAGAAAUCAGCAUAUUUCUGCAACCCAUUUCACCACACCUUUCGAUUAUAUAUUUUCCAGUGAGUCACUAGAUCUCCAUAAAUUUCACUGUAAAUCUACCAAUAAAUAGGUCGGUUUGCAUGCUUGUGUGUUAAUACAUAUAAUGUUUAAUGUCCCAUGUUUAUUUCUCCAUUUUUACCAUUAAGAAACUACAAACCAUUUCCAUGAAGUGGGUUUUCACUCACAAUGAAUCAGUUUUUCAGAAGAAAAAAAGAGGGUUUUUUUUCUUAUGGGGAUGCAUUAACCUGGGAAAUGCAGUCAACCAAUAAUUUUAAUCAAAGGAUUGAGUGGAAUCCAUAAUAAAAAACGUGAGAAGAAAUUUUAGAAUACAGCAAUUUCUGUUAAUAAUUUACUAUAGCAAUUGACAGCAUUGUUUGUUUUAUACGUUGUUUAUGGAGAGUUUAGUUCUGCCAAUUUUGCAUAGCUUCUUUAAGGAAUUAUCAUAAAAAUGUCACAACUGUGAUUAUGUUCGUGUACAAUUUAUUUUAUUGUUUAUGUGUAUGUAUUCAAAAAAUGUUGAAUUCCAAUUAAUUAAAAAUGAAAAAUGUCAUGUGAGAUUAUGAUAGAUUAAGGAGUAACACUUCAUUCGGUUGCACGUUAGUUCAUCAUGACAAAGGCACGUAUGGCUCUUCAUUCCUUGAAUAAUAAUACGUUUAUCAAACAUGUUUCAUAGUUUGAAGUAAGAUAUGUGUCAUUGAAUAUAUUUCUGAUAAAAACAUUUCAAAUUUUAUACAUGGGAACUGAAUGCCAAAGAUGAUAAAUGUUUUGUAUGUAUAUUUUAGUAUUUUAUUAAAUCCCACACAAUUAUAAUAGCA